UGACGUCUGUGGGACAAUUGUCAGUUGAGAAAAUUGCAACAGCAACUGCGGCUUUGCAAUAAGAAACUUGAAAUAGUUUAUUAAUUGCGUGAAAUAUAAAACGAGUACUAAAUAUAAAUUGUAAACACGUUUUUCAAGUGAAAGUUGCAUAUUAUUUUUGAAAACCAGCAGAAAGUCCACAACAGCCUAAAAAUAUGUAACAUUUCCGUGACAUAUGCUGAGUAGUGACGUCGCACUUUUGCAUAACCGUAGGCGUCGCGUUCUGGUGCAGAAGCACUCAAUUAAUUGGGCUUUUUCGUAAUCACAAAAUUAAAGUUCUGUAAAUUUCCGUGAAAAAAAAUUAAAUUGUAGUAUUCGGGCUUCCUAAUACCUUCCUGGUGCCUUUCACGUCAAUAUGCCCAGUACGCGUCGCAUUAUACUCGGCCACGUUAUGUCUGGCCUGUGCUCGAAGAUGAAUCGCACGAAGCCGGUGCCCUUGGACGUCAUGGAGACGCCACUGAAGCGUUGCCUCAACACUGUCGACAUCACUUUGUUGGGCAUUGGCCACAUGGUUGGCGCUGGCAUUUACGUCCUCACCGGCACGGUGGCCAAGGACAUGGCAGGCCCUGGCAUAAUACUCUCUUUCAUCUUGGCCAGUUUUGUCUCAAUGUUGGCCGCUCUCUGUUAUGCGGAAUUCGGUACACGCGUCCCUAAAGCAGGCUCCGCCUAUGUCUACACCUACAUUUCGAUUGGCGAAUUUUGGGCAUUUGUCAUCGGCUGGAAUAUACUCUUGGAGCAUAUGUUGGGUGCAGCUUCGGUGGCACGUGCCUGGAGCGGUUACGUGGAUUCGAUGCUUGGCGGUUGGAUUGGCAAUACGACACUUUCCAUAACUGGUGAGCUCCAUGAGCAGUUGUUCGCGCGUUAUCCUGAUGUGUUGGCAUUUUUGGUGUGCCUGGUGUAUGCCGCCGCGUUGGGCAUUGGAGUGAAGGCCACAGCUGUUUUCAAUGGCUUGCUGACUUUGGUGAACAUUGCCGUUAUGAUUUUAGUAAUCUCUGUGGGUUUCUGGUAUGCCGACGCAAAGAAUUGGUCAGAAGCGGAAGGUGGUUUCUUGCCUUACGGAUUUGGUGGUGUUAUUGCCGGUGCAGCAACUUGUUUCUACGCAUUUGUUGGCUUCGAUUCCAUUGCCACCUCCUCGGAGGAGGCAAAGAACCCUACUAUCUCCAUACCGAUAGCUACGCUCCUCUCGCUCAGCGCAGUUACAGUGGGUUACAUAUUAGUCUCGGCUGCACUCACGCUAAUGAUACCGAUACGGGAAAUCAAUCCGGCCGCAUCCUUACCAGAAGCUUUCGGACAGAUGGAUCUACCUUGGGCUAAAUACAUAAUAUCGAUUGGUGCACUCUGCGGCAUGACCACAACACUCUUGGGCUCGUUGUUUGCUUUGCCGCGCUGCAUGUACGCCAUGGCCUCAGACGGUCUGCUCUUCAGUUGCUUUGGCCGGAUCAACACCACAACGCAAGUGCCGGUGCUGAAUCUAGUAAUUUCUGGCUUACUAAGCGCGACACUCGCUCUGCUCUUUGAUUUGGAGAAACUGGUCGAGUUCAUGUCGAUUGGCACACUACUUGCCUACACCAUCGUAUCCGCAAGUGUUAUUAUACUGCGCUACCGACCGCUGGCCAGUCAAGAGAAUGCCAUCUAUGCGCCUGACACUUCCGACGAGGAUGGCGACGACAAUACUUCCCAAUCGAGCAUCGACACCGCCUCACCCACCAGCGACUUGAUCGAAGGCGCACUCGCUGGACGUCUGAAACCGCAAUUUCGUUGGCUCGAACCACUACUGGGACGUUUCGAACCCGGCGCGGCAGUAUCUGCUUCGGUGCUGCUCUUCUCGGUGCUCAGCUUUGCCAUUUGCUUUCAACUCGAAGUCUCGUGGACUGAACUCUAUACGGGUACAUGGUGGGCGCUACUCUUGUAUGGCUUUAUGAUUUUCAUAGCAGGCGCUUGUGUGGCAGUGAUUGCAGUGCAUCAUCAGAAUACGCGUGGACUUAAUUUCAAAGUGCCGCUCGUGCCAUUCGUGCCGACGCUAAGCAUCUUCUGCAACAUUGUGCUGAUGGUGCAUUUGAGUGCACUCACCUGGCUGCGUUUCUUCAUUUGGGUGGCUAUCGGUAUGUUGAUCUACUUUCUAUACGGCAUACAUCACAGCAAGGAGGGUGAGGUGUGCUCAUCCUAUUCGAUGUUGAUGACCUCUACAGAGGCGGGCAAAUCACACUGGGGUGCCACAGGCGGUGGCUUUACCAUUAGUUUGGGCGGCACUGUUGGAGCAGGUGUUAUUAAGAAGACAGUAAUGCAACGCUUCAUUGGCAGGAAACUGGAGGAUAAGAAACCGAUUGUAGAGGAGGACGUCGAUGUCGAUGGGGAUGAAGUGGACGAUGAGGGACAAACUUAAGUUACUGGAAUGGGGGGGAGGACCUUACAUUUCCGUUACCAUAUAGUAUGAUCUUUGAACUCUAUACUGAAUUUACUUUUAUGCAUUUACGGGUGAGCACAAAUAGUUAUGUACAUACAUAGGUAUAUUUUCGAUGUAUUGAUUUUUUUAGACUAAAGACUUUUAAAAUAUUUUUUUUAAGCUGUACUCUUAUCAAAUCAACUUAGAUACAUAAAGACAUACUUAUAUAUGUACAUAAUAUACAUACAUACAUACUGAUUUAUUGUAUUUAUAGCGACUGCCUGUGGGACACUAAAUUGCUAAAUUUUUAAGAAUGUUUAUACAUAUAUAUGUAUGUAUGUAUCAGUAUGUGACUUUUUCGUGAGUCACUUCAUUAGGAGCGCUCACGUGCUCAGUCUAUUGUUGUGAGUGGCGUGAGUAAUCUUUCCAUGCAAGUUCAAACUUGUUCAGUUUUCGUUGUGAUUGCUUCUAUGUUUCAUUUCCACACGAGUUAUCGAGAAGGGAAUCACACGCAUACAGACAUACAUAUGUACAUAUGUAUGAAUAUACAGGUCUUGACAUGAUUUGUGCGAAAUUUGCAUUUAUUUACGUAACUCCUGCUUCAACUGAUAUGAAUUUGUGGUCUACGUAAAGUGAACGAUUUUGUGACCUAAUCAUUUAAAAAGAUUCAAAGUCCACGUAUAAUCCUAAAAUUCUAGUGACCAGCCAAUUAGAAUUUUAUGUAAUUAUUAUACACCCACAUACAUACAUGCAUACAUACAUACAUAGUAUAUUUGCAUAAUAAACAAAGUGUAAUGAUUUAUUAGUGCGCUACUUUAUUGAGGUUUCUUGUUAUUAAUAAGUUUAACUGGUUAAUGAUUUAGACACAAAGACAAGAUAAGGGAAAGACGGCUACAAAUUAAAAAGACAAAAAUAUCGAGCAAAUACUGAAAAAAAUUUAAAUGUUUUGCUUUCUCAUUUUUUGUUUAAAAUAUAAAUAAAAAUUGUUUGUAUAAUAUUUUCCAGUUACGCUGGUCAAUGUAGUAGUUGACUUUUGACAAAACCACUUGAUUCGGCUUAGCGCUUUCCACCUGUUGAGAACUUAUUUACAGGCCUUUAAAUAAUUAUUAUUAUUUUACCUCAGUAAAAUUUCAAAAUGUACAACUACUUAAAAUAUUUUAUAAAUCGAAGAUAUGUGUGGAGUUAUGAAUUACAAAUUUUUUUAUUUAAAAUUGAUACACAAUAUUAACUUUUUGGUUUUGUCAACAAUUUGCCGAUAUCUACAUAUGUACAUACAUACAUACAUACAAGAAAUAAUUAAAUACUUGUAAAUCAUCAGUUCCAAGCACAAAAAGCACAAGUACCUUAAUUUGAUAUUAGUAAGAGAGAAAAGAGAGGAGUGGUAAGUGACUACGGUUUUUACAAUAUCACGGUUGGAAAUUUCGUGAAAAUUGGAUUUUUUUUUAAUUUUUAAGUUACAU